CUCACUUUCACGAUUGACUUUAGAUCCCCCAUUCCACAAGUUUUCCCUAUGUCCUUCGUCCACCGUAUCAGAUAACAUCUCGUAUCUUGUCUGCGCCGCAAUUAAUCUGGCCUCUUUUCAUGAUGGAUAUCUUUUCCAGCCACAGGAGUCCGUGCUUGGCCCGUACCGGGAUCAGAAACUUGGAAGUUGGCAAGAAUUGAUCGUCAAACGCGGGAUGGAUGGCUGGAUGCAGCCGCAAAUCUGCGAAAUGACAUAGUGCGGCGCGUUCUGGGGGAAAACAGGGUCACGUCCCAGCAUUGGGCUAGUCGACACUGGACUCUUCUGUUAACAAUACGACCCUAAUGAUAACCUUGUCUUGUCCAUCUUAUCUUUUUGAACUAGUUUGAUCAAUUGACUCUAUUCUAGCUCGACGAAGUUGAAAGUUGUUAUGUUUGCUAGCAACUGAUUUGAUCCACGCCUCUCCAGUCUCGAACUGUUACUUUAGCUUCGUGCCUUGCCCUUUUCAAUUCGAGCUCCAUGGAUCAGUCGUCUGCGGAAGUAUCUGCAAUUGAACGCUCAUCAACUAAUUCGCAAUGUCACAACCAGGAUCACAACCACCGCACCCCCCACAGCAACCAACAGCAGAGAAUCCAGUAGUAGCAGCAGCACAGAGAGUCAAGUCGGCUUUCACCUCACAUCAGAAACCCAGUGUUCGAAUUGUACGCGACAAUUCCAACGGUGGUCCAAGACGUGAACCCGUCGCCCAAAAUGUUACAGAGAAACCACUACCUCCUCCACCAGGAGAACCAACAUUUUCGAGUCGACUUGCGGGAGCUAGGAGCAGGAUAUUUGGACACAGUGGGGAACAUGUUCAGGAAAAACCUUUACAGAACGACUACUAUGAUCAGGAUAGGGUUGAUCUGAUGGACGUGUGUGACCCUGAAGUAGCAACACUCUCGACCCUUACAAAUGUCCAAAAUUCGCUCUUCAUUCCUUCCCUGGGAAAACUCGUCAAUCGUCGAGCAACAUAUAAGAUUUCGGAGACGCCAGAGGAAGCUCGGAAAUAUGACAAACUCAAAGCUUUACUGAAGAAGAUACCAUUACGCCGUUCCAAGUCAACACAAGACACCUUCCAGUACGCGGUUCUACCAAAUGAUGAGAAGCUCGAGGGAUGGUCAAAAGAAGAUAAAGCCGAGAUGGAUGAUAUGGUCAGGCAUCAACUUCAUUCCAAACGAGCGAAAUUCAAGCGGUCGAUGAAGGGUUUCAAGCAGUAUGUUCGAAGACCCAUGGGACUAUUCAUCACCAUCUAUGCUACCCUCGUAACGCUGUUUGGCGCAGCCUGGGUGUUCUUCCUCAUCGGCUGGAUCUCCUUAGGAUCAAAGAAAGAUACGGUUGUCGAAGCCGUCGAUCUAGUCCUCGUCGCUCUUUUCGCAAUCAUUGGAGAUGGACUUGCACCAUUCAGAGCAGUAGACACGUACCAUAUGAUCUACAUCGCUCACUAUCACCGCGUUUCCUGGAAGAGACGCCAAAAGCUCGGUCUACCCGAACUAGUGGACCAUAAUGAUCUGCCAGACCAGAGAAGAGAGGAUGUGCAAGACCUCCAAGUCGAUAUUGAGAGUCUAGUUGCUCGCCGGAUGCCCAACAGUAUAGCGAAACGAGUAGCGCCAAAGAUACCCAAGAAGUACGCAGAGAAGAUGGUUGUCCGCCAUCGAGCCCACGAUCCAACAUUCGAAUACUCGGUCUUGGAUGAAGAUGAGCAGGCCAAGCUCGACCACCACGAACGCAAAUUUUCCAAAAGUCACACCUUUUACAAACCCCACGAGACAGAAACCCAUUACGCAUUCCCACUCAAACUCCUCGUCACCGUGGUCGUGCUCCUUGAUCUCCACUCCUGCCUCCAAAUCAGUCUGGGCGCCUGCACCUGGGGCAUACCCCACGAUAAACGCCCCUUCGCACUCACAACCGUCAUCCUCUGCUGCAGUCUCACAGCCAACAUCACAGCCGGAAUUCUCAUCUCUAAGGGCGACAAAAAAACCCGCAAAACAGAAGUCAUUGAGCGACUCAUGCGCCAGGAACUUACCGCCGACGCAAUUGAGCAGAUUCAACGUCGCCAACUCAAAGAAGCCGAAGAGCGUGGAGAAAUCGACCCCGCUAUCCGAAAACGCCUAGAGAAAGAAAAGGAAGACGCGGAGAAUGAGGAGAUCAAGAAGAGCUGGAAGAGUGUGCCGAGCCUACCGAAAACGCUACUCGGCAAAGGAGUGGAUCAUAGACAGCCUUCCUUACCACAGCAUCAGAGGAGGGCGGCCUCGAAUGCUGGGGUGGUGUCUGGAAGCUUGAGUUCAUCUGGAGGCAAGAAGUCGAAGUCUGGGAGUGGAUUAUUGGGAAUCAAAGAAGAUACGACUACGAAGCCGGUUGCGCCGAUACCAGCUCCGAAGCAGGGCGAGGAUCCAUUGAAACCCAGCAGAGGGCAUAAAGCGUUGGAGUUCUUUAGGAAGGCGGAUUUGGAUAGAAGCUAGUGGGACUUACAGCACACUAUUGGCCAUAGCCUUUUGAAUAUAAUUACAGACACUCUUCUUGGGAUGCAUUAUUUGUUUCCCAUCCUAGCAUUUUUAUGGGAAACCUCAAUACGUGUGACUGCU